ACAACAAAGGGCAUUUACCUCGUCUCGUUUGGGUGUAUUCACGCGUGGACGAGCACCGUCGGCGUCGGCGUCGGUCCCCGCGGAGAUUCGAGCGGGAGUGCGGCACCGCGCCCGCGCGCGGCGCAAAGAGGGCGUAGAGAAAAGCCGGCUAUCGGCGUUUGGAUUUGUUUGUAUAUGCGGGCUCGCAGUCGAAAGGUAUAGUUGCGGCUGCGCUCCCCACUACCGGCCGCGGGGCUCGAGCCCGAUCGGCCACCUUCGAAAUCCCUGCCCCCGCCCGUAAAUCCGCGUUGUUUGCACUGUUUGCUGUCAAACAUUGGCCGCAAAACAUCGUGGUGGGGCGAAAGGAGCGCGCCGGCGGAGGGCAGGCCGCAGCGGCGCCGAUUGGUCGGAUCUCGGCUCGCGAGUAUACGCCGGGCGACUGGUGGGCGGGGCCAAGCCGAGGCUAUAAAUGCGCCGCGUGGCGGGGAUGACGGCAGAUACGCGACACCGCUCGGUCGGGAUACAUCGAUCGCAGUUACCGAAAGCAGCCAGUUUAGUAGCGCAGAAGCGUAAAUUUAGUAGCGCAAAAAGACUCGCGUGUACGUACAUAUUACACAUCGAGAGUCUCGGAGUGGUGUGUUAUAAUUUGUGACAAUUCCAAAUCGUGUACCGUUGUUUAUUGUGUCGUGCUGCCGAGAGCUCGUUCCGCGAGAUCCCGAGUGCGACGAGUUGGAAAGUAUGGUGAACAUGGAAGGUUCCGGGGAGCAGCACACGGUUACGGCCUCGCCGCCACCUCGAGCUGUUCUCAAGAGCAGCUUCAGCAUCCGGAACAUCGUGCCGGAAGCUUGCGCGGGAACGCCCGCGCCGGAGGACAGGCGCUCCGCGUCUCCGGACAUCGGCCACGUAGACGACAGCGAGGACUCCAGCGAUCUCGACGUGACAGGAGACGGUGGGAACGAGACGCCGCCGCUGGACUGCUCGACGAACGCCGCCGUCGGCGUCGCCGGCGACCGCAAGGACGCGAAGGACCGUCAGGACGAGAAGAAAAAGUGCGAGAAACCGCCGUACAGUUACAACGCGCUCAUCAUGAUGGCCAUCCGACAGAGCCCGGAGAAGCGGCUGACGUUGAACGGAAUCUACGAGUACAUAAUGCGUCACUUUCCCUACUACGAGAACAACAAGCAAGGCUGGCAGAACUCCAUCAGGCACAACCUCUCGUUGAACAAGUGUUUCGUCAAAGUACCUCGCCACUACGACGACCCGGGCAAGGGAAACUACUGGAUGCUCGAUCCCAGCUCAGAAGACGUGUUCAUCGGCGGCACGACCGGAAAGUUGCGCAGAAGAACCACCGCUGCCUCCAGGUCGCGACUCGCCGCCUUCAAGAGAAGCGUCGUCCUCGGAGGACUGUAUCCCACGGCUUACGGGCCGCCAGGAUGGCCAGCCUCGCUGUACACGCUUCCCUAUCUGCACCGCGCCGCCGGUUACACGACGGCCACCGGAGCUUACUCGGCUCCGGCUGGUUACCCGGCCAGCUUGCUACCCGGCGCGGUCACCUCUUCGCCGGCCAGUCUGCCCUGCAAGCCUCAACCGCUCCCGGCGUCCGCGGCGCCUCCGGCUCACGGACCCUUCUCCAUGGAGAGGCUGCUGCAACCUCCGACUUCCGCCGGUUACCCUACGAGCAUCACCGCGUCUGGGAUUCCCGUCUCCGGCAACCCUUACGACUUUUACUCCACCCUGAGAUCUCUGGCGGCCCACCAGCAGCAUCAGAACUCCGCCACGAUGUUCGGACACGGUCAGCAACAACCGGGAAGGUAUCACGUGAGUCAGGCCCCGCUUCUGGGCCAGAUGACGUCGGCCACGGCGUCGCCUGGCAGCAGUCCCGAACCGAUGUCGCCUCACUCGCCGCCGGCUUCCAUCUGCAAUUCCGGCGUCCCUCAGCAGCCGAGGUCUAUUCCUCGCAAUCCGCCGCAGUUGCUGCUGAAACCCAUCACCGUGCUCACCGGCAGACAGAGCUAGAGUCCAACGAGAUUCCAUUCGCGUAGAUUCCAUUCGCGUAGAUUCGGAACGUCCCGUCGGGCUGUUUCGUUCGCGGACCGACUCGAACGCUCGCGAGACAUUUCCCGACCUUUUCACGCACUCUCGUCCCAGUUUACACGUACCUAUGGCGCCGAACUCGUACGUACGUUUCCGUUUCACUUUAGCUCGCAAUCGUAGGUUUGUAAAUACAUUAGCUUUAAAAGGAAACGAGUCGUUCGGCGUCGCCAGCGCGCUAAGCGAACCGAUACCAAAACGCGACCCGUCGAAUCGUUGGAGUAUACCGGCUCGAGAUCAAGCGGAGUUAACGAGAUCGAGUGUCGUUUUGUAAAUAUAGAUUCGUUUACAUGAUCUCCCGUCGUCGAUUUUUAAUCGAUCUGGUGUGUACAUAGCCCGAAGAUUGUUAUUCGUAAAAUUAUAGAUUUUUCGUACAUGUAUAUAUGGAUACGUAUGACCGGCGCGAGUACGCGCGCUCACCUGCGCGUACGAACGUCGAAAUAAAUGUUGAAAACUUUUCUAGAA